GCAGCUCGCUGGAUGUGCAGACGUGAGGCAUGUUGGAGUGGUAAUUAGAUGCAUGUGGUGCGUGGCUGGGUUACUAUUUAGAAUCGCCUACUGAUUGGUCAGAGUGGACGAUUAAUAUGUAUUGGUGACACCGGUUGAGAUGGACGACUCUAUAAAUAUCAGGAUCAAAGCAUCCCGUUAUCUCGCCGUUCUGCACCCCGUUUCAUUUGGUUUCUCAAAAACGCUACUCCUUUUCGCAAAGAUGUACCAUCCAGCGAAACUUGUGGCAAUUUUCCUGUUUGUGCAAAAAAUGGCGAGUGCACAGGUGGAUUUAGGGUCGAUGGAAAGUUGGGGAUUCAACGGCGUCAGCUCCGACGAUAUUACUCUCAUGAGUGAGAAGAAGAUGAUGAUAAAGAACCUGGAGUACACUGGAGAAGGGCCCGCGGCGUGGUUCAUGGUGGGCAAGGAGGAGGAUGACUACACCAAGGAAUUCACCGACUUGGACGGCGUCAUCAUUCCGGACGAGAAUGGAGGGUGUGACCGUCUUGGGCGCUAUCGAGGCGACGACAUUGAGCUGACGCUGCCUGGAAAUAUGAAGUUCACCGACUACGACUACCUCUCGAUUUACUGCAUUCGGUUCAGCCACAAUUUCGGCUACGUUCCCAUCAAGAAGGGAAUCACCUUCGCUCAACCCGUCGUUGCAAACGCAACUGUACCUGCUGGCAAUGCUGCUGCUGCUGUUGGAGCUGCGGUCACUGCCGCCCCACAAGCAGACAACGUGGAAGACGACGUUCCUGCAGAAUGUGACCAAGAACCAGAACGACGCGGAGGAAGUCCCGGAGUGGAGGAGGAAGAGGAGGACGAAUGAUCAAUCAUGACUCAACAACAUUGCUUAAACUUUUAUUUAUUUGAGAUUGUAGCAUUUUUACUCUAAACAAAAGUAUUCCAAUAAACAAAACUUGACAACUUGUUCCAAAUGAGA